UUGUCGUACAAGGGUGAAGCCGCCCCAUAGGGUCUUCUACGAUUACGGUUGGCUUCAAAGUAUUGGGAUCGCCAACUGAUCGAAUACGGCUUUUAAACGGUGGAGGAUCAGAAAGGCGUGAAACUUCUAAGCAGCUGAGACCUAAGUGCGGAGAUGAACUACAAGUCGAGUGCCAGAGUGGAUUAUUUUCUUUUCGCAACGUUCUUCUUGGCUUCGUUAUAUUCUAAAUGUGUGUAACUUCGUUCAACAUUCGAAAUUAAGUCCUCUCGCGGCUGAACCGGUGAACCUUGCUUUAGAGCAAUAAGAGGAAGAAAGAGGUAUAUUAAGAAUCAAGAGAAAACUCGAGAAUUUGGUGAAAGGCAUUUCCAAUGUCAAGCAAACCACCUCAAGACCACAAACCUUCUGAUGGGGCUCCUGCUUAUGUCGACAUCGAGAAACUGAAGGAACCAGAGUGCAGAGCAUGGCAAAGUGAUAUGCUGCUCGCUUUGCAGCAGAAUGCUGCCCCUGAGCCAAUUCGCUUAGCUUGUAUGAAGAACCUGCCUUCCAGACCAUCGUUCUUUCAAGAAGAGUUUCACGGCCGCAUUCCUCGGGAGGAAGUCGACGAACUACUCUCCGGUCCUAAUGGUCCAGUCAACGGAAGAUACUUAGUGAGAGAGAGUAAUAGCUCACCCGGCGACUACAGCCUGUCCUUAAGUUACGGUGGACAUAUUGUUCAUUAUAGACUAUUCUACGAAAACGAAAGAUUUUUCAUCGAUUCUACUGAUGAGAAGAAAUACAAGUCGAUCACAGAUCUUGUUGUUGAUGUGCUCAAUAUGUUUCGCGUGAUUGAUGAUGUGGAUGGACAUGUGCCAAAAGAAGAAAAGAAAAAACCCAUCGCUUGCCCUCACGUAUUCAAACCUUAUUCUUACAAACAUUUUAAAUGGUGCGCAUCUUGUGGAGGUUUUAUGUGGGGAAUUAAAGAUCAAGGUAUGAAGUGCGAGGGAUGUGGCCUGGAUGUUCACAGCCGUCCGCGUUGUAUGAAGAAUGUUGAAGGAGAGUGCCCACUUACUUUACCUUGUAAAGAAAAGAAAGUUCCACGUAACAAAUUAAGUGCCUCAAGUUUUCCACCCAAGCAGAGUACUGUGUCUGUUGACACAUUCAAAGCUAGUUGUGAAUAUCAAGAGAGCUGUAUUAGAUUCCUCAGUUAUUUGAACAUUCCUUCAUGUUAUUUUGAAGCAGAUGCAUUAAAUCCCUGUUAUUGUGAAGAGUGCUGUCUUGAUGUUGAAACACCAUUGUGUAAGAGUGGUAAUCCUCCCCAAACAUACUCGCUGCCUACAGGAUGGUGUCGCUUUCAACUUGGGGCUGCUAGUGGGCAGGAAAAUAUUGUUUCAUCAAACUGGAAUUUGGCAUUUAUGUCUUUAAACCCAAAGGAGGUUGUCAAAGUACUUGAGUCAAAUACCACAGAUAAUCAUUCAGAAGACCUGAGUGAGGAUGGGUCUAAGCCAUUGAUAAAGAUGACACCUUCUAUUAUAUGUGCUGAUUUGGAUGCACCAAAAUUAAAGUACAAUGACACUGAGACUGGCGAAGUCAAGGCAGGCCAAGUUGUCUUGCAAGCUUACAUUGAACCAUACUCGUACCAAAUGAUGCGGAGACCAGGAAUGAAUGAUGAAAUUGAUCCAUAUUUUAAAAUGGACACUAUAUAUUGGGUGACAAGGCAAGCUUCAUCCAUUUUACCAUUUGCACUGCUUGUAAAGACCAUGGAUGCAACCUACUUGAAUCUAUGAAUGCAAGUAGUUUAUCUUUUUUUUCCCAGGAUGUGCUCACUGCUAUACUAUAUACAAUUUCCUCGAUAACUGAAUAGCCAAAAAUGAGUUGUCUAAGUGAUGCUCAAUCACUGGAUGCAGCUUUAUAAUUACAAUGUUAGCUCAUUUGUUGUAAGGAUGCAACAAGCAAGAGCAUCUCUUCAUGAGUAAUCUUCUUAUGUACUGUGCAUCUAAAUUAUCAGCCAACUACAACUGAUUCAAAGCAAAAGACCUUCAGUUCUACUGGAAGAUUGUCAAACUUUGUCAAGUGGCAGCACACACUGGGAGAGAGGCACUAACUUUGUAUCAGUCUCAAGAUCCCAGAUUUAAGCAGGGUACCUAUGUUAAAGAUAGGACACACUAGAGCAUUUAAAAUACAGAUGUUUGAUUCUCUA